CCUCGGCCAUAUCUCCGGAAGGAACCACAUAAUUCAGUCUUUCAGCAGCACUUCAAUUUUCUUUUCUAUUCGUUGCAAAUGGCUUCCCGUUACGAGGUGGAGGUGACAAUCACAUCGGCCAAGGACCUAAAGAACGUCAAUUGGCGAAACGGUCGGCUCAGGCCGUACGCUGUCGUUUGGGUUGAUCCAGAACACAAAUGCUCAACCAGAGUCGACGAGGAAGGCGACAUGAAUCCUUUUUGGGAUCAGACUCUUGUUAUUCCCUUGCCACCCGGUCCAAUCGAAGAUCACACCCUUUACAUCGACAUCGUCCACGCCGGCCGUGAGGAAGACACCAAGCCCCUCAUCGGCUCCGCUCGGCUGAAACUCGUCGACGUUCUCGAUGAUGUUGGGUUCGGUGAACGAACCGUUCGCAGUCUCCAGCUGAAGCGUCCCUCCGGUAGGCCCCAAGGUAAACUUGAUGUUGCAGUUACGAUCAGACAGCCUCGUUAUCGCGCGCCUGAUCCAUCCUAUGCUCCACCUUACGGUGUCCCACCACCAUCAGCGUCCAGAGAUUAUGCUUAUGGAACUCCAUACUCCGCCGCACCACCACCACCAAAUCCAUACUACACAGCAGCCCCGCCCAGUGGAUAUCCGUACGGUGGGUACAACGCGCCACCGCAACCAGGGCCAAGUUACGGUUACGGAUACAAUUACGGUAGUUCGCAGCAGCCCGUUUAUGCGGAGGGGGAAAAGAAAAGCAAGUUUGGUGGAAUGGGAACGGGAUUGGCUGUGGGUGCGGUAGCAGGGGUAUUAGGUGGACUCGCAAUAGCGGAGGGCGUUGAUGCGCUGGAAGACCAUAUUGCUGAAGAGGCAGCAGAAAGGGUUGAGGAUGAUCUUGGUUAUGAUGGUGAUGACUUCUAGAGUGCGGUAUAUGAUCAAAAUGGGACCAUCUUAUUUCGUUAUCAAUGUCUUUGAGUUUAAGUUUAUCAUUUUCCCUUCCAGAAAUAUCAGGGAAUGUUAAAAAAAUCCCAGAGAUCUUCCUGUUCUACUUGAAUUGAUCAAUUGGAGAAGGCUUAGAUUUUGUUUAAUACUGUACCUCUCUGGGAUAAGAUUAUCUAGACGUCAGUUAGUUAUUGUUGGGUAUUUUAGUAUUGAAAGUGUGUCGAAAGCAUGCCAUCUAUUCUGGAAUAUUCAUGUCAAUAACUCUAUGGUCUCUCUGCAUUCAAAAUGCUAGGAGAUACAUGAUGCAUAUAAAAUAUUCUCACUCAUCACCUAAUUUCUUAGAAUUCUAUGAUCAUGGGGAUUUCAUAUCAUGAAUAAAUGAAGUUAUAUUAGACA